CUUAAAUCAAGAUGUAUUCCCCCAACUACACCUACCAAUUCUCAGUGUGUAGAGAGAGAGAAGGCUCAAACAAACCUCUCUGCAUUUCGAUUUUCGAUUUCGAUUUUCUAUCUCUAAUCAACGUCUCGAAACUAUCAAUUCAUCGUUGUUUAAUCGUUCAAUUUUGGGGUUUUGUAACAAUGCAAUCGGAUUCCGUAAAAGUGUCGCCGUUUGAAUUCAUGUCUGCAGUUUUUAAUGGGAAAAGUAAUGGAUGCAUUGAACGCAUCGGCGGAAUCGGGAGAAUUGACGAUUCCGCCGUCGUUGAAGAUGCUGGGUGGAGAAUCGUGAUUGCUGACGUUGUUUACACGUCGGUUGCUGUGUUGAUUGGAUGCUUCGUCGUUUUGGUGUGGCGGAGAUCGUCUACGAAGAAACCAGUUCAGGAAUUGGAGCCUAUGAAGAUCGUUGUGCCGAAGAGAGAGAAGGAACCAGAGUUUGAUGAUGGCAAGAAGAAAGUUACGAUUUUCUUCGGAACACAGACUGGAACGGCGGAAGGUUUCGCUAAGGCACUUUUAGAGGAAGCCAAAGGUUCGAUACGAGAAGGCUUCUUUAAAGCAGUUGAUUUGAUGAUUAUGCUGCUGAUGAUGAAGAAUAUGGAGAUGGUGAGCCAACAGAUAAUGCCUGCAAGAUUUUAUAAAUGGUUUACAGAGGGUGAAUGCAAAAGAGAGAAUGGCUUAAUAAACUUCAAUAUGGAGUGUUUGGCCUUGGUAACAGACAAUAUGAGCAUUUCAACAAGAUUGCAAAAGGUGGUUGAUGACUCUCUUGUAGAACAGGGUGCAAAACGCCUUGUUCCUGUUGGCUUAGGAGAUGAUGAUCAAUGUAUGAAGAUGAUUUCACUGCAUGAAGAUCUAACUCAUACAAAUGUUCAUUCAAUUCAUGAUGCUCAACCUCCAUGCAGAUCCAAUGUGGCUGUUAAAAAGGAGCUUCAUACCCCUGAAUCUGAUCGAUCUUGCACUCAUCUUGAAUUUGACAUCUCUCACACUGGAUUAACAUAUGAGACAGGGGAUCAUGUUGGUGUCUACUCGGAACGAUUAAAAUUUCUCGCAUCGCCAGCUGGCAAGGAUGAAUAUGCUCAGUGGAUAGUUUCAAGCCAAAGAAGUCUUCUUGAAGUUAUGGAAGCAUCCCAUCUGCUAAACCUUCCCUCGGUGUCUUCUUUGCUGCUGUUGCCCCUCGCUUACAGCCUCGUUACUACUCCAUUUCUUCUUCUCCAAAAAUUGCACAAAACAGAAUUCACGUUACUUGCGCAUUAG